CUUUCUUACAAUGUAUGUCUGUGAAGUUUGUGGUGCCUACCGUAGUGUUGGUUCUUUGCAGAUACUUGACACUGGAUGAAGCAGACAGAUUGAUUGAUCUUGGUUUUGAAGAUGAUAUUAGGGAGGUGUUUGAUCAUUUCAAAGCUCAAAGACAAACUCUGCUAUUUUCUGCUACAAUGCCCACGAAGAUUCAGAAUUUUGCUAGAAGUGCAUUAGUUAAACCAAUAACAGUGAAUGUGGGGAGGGAUGGAGCGGCCAACCUUGAUGUGAUUCAGGAAGUGGAGUAUGUAAAGCAGGAAGCCAAGAUUGUUUACCUUCUUGAGUGCUUGCAAAAAACUCCGCCUCCGGUUCUGGUUUUCUGUGAGAAUAAGGCUGAUGUGGAUGAUAUCCAUGAGUAUCUUCUCUUAAAAGGAGUUGAAGCUGUGGCUAUUCAUGGAGGCAAAGAUCAAGAAGAGAGAGAAUAUGCAAUUGCAUCAUUUAAAUCCGGCAAGAAAGAUGUUCUGGUUGCAACUGAUGUUGCUUCUAAAGGGUUAGAUUUUCCUGAUAUUCAGCAUGUAAUUAACUACGAUAUGCCUGCCGAAAUUGAAAACUACGUGCAUGGGAUUGGACGAACGGGAAGAUGUGGAAAAACAGGAAUUGCGACAACCUUUAUCAACAAGAAUCAGAGCGAGGUGACACUUCUUGAUCUAAAACACUUGUUACAAGAAGCAAAACAAAGGAUCCCUCCUGUCCUUGCGGAGCUCAAUGAUCCCAUGGACGAUGUUGAGGCAAUCACAAAUGCCAGUGGAGUAAAGGGCUGUGCAUAUUGUGGUGGACUUGAUCAUCGUAUCCGUGGCUGCCCCAAGCUAGAGCACCAAAAGAGCGUGCAGAUUGCCAAUUCAAGGAGAGACUACUUCGGGUCUGGAGGUUACCGUGGAGAAAUUUAGUUCUUGUUCUUAUUUGCACUCUGCAACGUGUAUCCGCAUUUCCUUCUAGCUUGAUGAUAGUCACUAAUAGGUUUCUCAAUGUAAAAUGUAAAAUUCAUGGUUGAUAUAAAAGUCGUUGUUUCUUGAACAA